AUGUUAGACGGUGGAACAUUGGACAGCAGAACGUUAGACAGUGGAACGUUGGACAGCAGCGGAACGUUGGACAGUGGAACGUUGGACAGAGAAAUGUUGGACAGUGGAACGUUGGACAGUGGAACAACGUUGGACAGAGGAACGCUGGACAAUGGAACAUUGGACAGUGGAACGCUGGAUAGACGAACGUUGGACUGCGGAACGUUGGACAGCAGAACGUUGGACAGUGGAACGCUGAACAGUGGAACACUGGACAGUGGAACGCUGGACAUAGGAACGUUGGACAGUGGAACAUUGGACAGUGGAACUCUGGACAGGGGAACGUUGGACAGAGGAAUUUUGGACAGAGGAACGUUGGAUAGUGGAACGUUGGACAGAGGAACGUUGGACUACAGAACGCUGGAUAGUGGAACGUUGGACAGAGGAAUGUUGGACAGGAGAACGUUGGACAGAGGAAUGUUGGACAGUGGAACGUUGGACAGUGGAACGUCGGACUGCAGAACUUUGGACUGUGGAACAUCAAAAGUUUAA